AUGAAGCCAACCACUAUCUUCGGCCUCCUCAUCGCGGACAUCGUCGGUGCAGUCGACAUGAGCCCCUACAAAGCCGGCACAGGUGUCGAGGAUGGUUUCGCAGCAUUCGUCGAGGAGUACUACCGCAUCUCCGAGGACAAGGCCGCAACGACUACAUUUACGGAUUUCUGGACGACGGACGGAGAGCUCAUCAUCGCAGGGAAUGCUUACCAGGGUUACGAUGCUAUGCUAGCCGUCAAGCAGGCGCUUCUUCCAGCAAACGGGAACAAGGCAUGGUGGCACUUGAUCAGGGGCUCCGAGGUCGUGGGCGAGGCGUCAGACUCCAAGACAUACAUGGCAGAUAUUGUGAUACAGACGACUUACACCCCUGGCAAUUGCUCCCAGGCAUAUGGGAAUGCGUCCUUCACGCUCUUGAAGGGCAAUGAUGGGCUGCCGAUCUUGACGCCGCAUAGCCAAGAAAUGACCAUUUACAAUCUUUCCGUCUCGACUACGGCCUCGCCAACGGACAUUGCUUGCACAACGUCUUGA